AUUAUAUUGUUAUACCCUUUGAGUCAAGGAAAUAUUCAUUAUAAUGAUCGACUACAAGCAUACUCCGAGUCUCCCUGUACCUACUUCGACGAGCUCGGUUGGUCCCAUCCCGACGAUUAUUCCCGGCUAUGAUCCGGUCUUCCAGGAAUUACACUCUGUUGGGAAACGGACGCUAUGGGUCGUCACUGUGUUGAUGGGAAUCUCGGCACUGGUCUUUUAUAUCAUUGCAGCUCGAGUGUCACUGUCAAAACGCGUCUUCCACACCCUCAUCUCCCUUAUAACCACCAUCUCCUUCAUAACCUAUCUCGCCCUUUCCACAGGAGAAGGCAUAACCUGGAAACACGAGACAGUUAAGCAUUCCCACAAACAUGGCAUCGACACGCACCAGUACUACUUCCGCCAGGUGUUCUGGCUCCGUUAUAUCAACUGGCUUCUGACAUCCCCGCUAUUUUUGACGUGUCUCGCCUUCCUUUCUGGGCUUCCAGGCGCGCAGCUUUUGGUCGCGAUCGCAGCAGACUGCGUCAUGUUCAGUGCUGGAAUACUUGGGACAUUCGCCCGCGAUUCUGCUGCCAGAUGGGUAUGGUUCGCUAUAAGUUGUCUGGGCUAUUUGGUAGUAAUCCAUCAAGUGGGCUUCAAUGGAUCGAGGUCUGCGAGCAACAAGGAUGCGCAGACGAAGCGGUUCUGCACCUCUAUCACUGGAAUUACCUUGUUGGUUAAGAUUCUGUAUCCUAUUACCCUGGCAGCUGGCGGGUUAGCCAUGAAGACGAGCCUCGACACGGAGACCAUCAUAUUCGCCAUCUUCGAUGUCUUCUCCCAGGGAAUCUUGGGAUACUGGCUACUGAUCUCUCAUGACAGUGCGCCUGGAAUUACUAUCUACGUGGACGGUUUCUGGGCAAACGGAAUCGGUAACGAAGGAUCUAUUCGUAUUACCGAAGAAGGGCCUUGAUCUUUGUCCCUGAUAAAGUCGGCAGCUGGUCCUUUUUGCUCCGUUGCAGCUGAGCAGACCAACUUAGAAGACACCCCUUCGAUGCUACCAGGCUCGAAAGUACCAGGAAGUCCGGUUGAGAAAUAAAAUAUUUCUACCGAGUGAUAGUAAUAGGAUUUUGGAACACUGUACAUUGGCAAUCAUGAAGAAAAGUUCAAGUUGCAAUGAUAAUCGGUCAUAAUCCCCAUCUUGGUGUUUUAUGUCUAGUUUUUAUGUCUAGUUCAUACAGUAGCUCCUAAAGCGAAAUUGAUAUCCAUUGCCA